AGGGCUGAAGGAGGAACAGGAAAAGGAGUGGGAGGAAGAGCUGCGAUCGAGGAGGAGAAGGAGCAGGAACUGGAAGCGAAGAGAUCGCGCGUUCCAACCUGCCCGCCCCCUGGGGCAUUGUUUCCCCCCCGCUCCGCGGUAUCUCGCAGGUAACCGCGGAGGAGGAGCUCGCCCAAUUAUCCGGAUUUCCCAUUCCUAAACCUUGGCCUGAUGGAGGAGGAGCAGGCCACAAGGAAGAAUAAGAUGGCUGGGGAGCUGCAGGCAGACAAGGAGCUGAGGAUGGAGACCAAGGAGGACAAAUCCCCGCAGCAGAACCUCAUGGAAGAGGCCAUUUUGAUUGGCUCCAUGGUGCAGGAGUCCAACAGGGAGGAAAAGCCCCGGAGAUCCCGCACGAGGACUGGCUGCAAACGCAGAUCUCGGGGAUCUGAGGAAGAUAGACCCACCCUGGGCCAGGGAGGCAGCCGGAACUCUGAGCUGGGGGUCCCUGAGCAGCUUCACAAUGGGGAGAAGCCCCACAAGUGCUCAAAAUGUGGAAAGAGCUUCAGACAGAGAUCCUCCCUGAUCCACCACUGGAGAAUCCACAUGGGGGAGAGACCCUACGAGUGUGAUAAAUGCAGGAAGAUAUUUCCCACCAGCUCCCGUCUCCUCGUGCACCAGCGGAUUCACACAGAUGAGAGGCCCUUCCGCUGCCCUGACUGCGGGAUGGGCUUCAAGCAAAACUGCAACCUCAUCACCCACCGGCGCAUCCACACUGGGGAGAGGCCCUACGAGUGUGGGGAGUGUGGGAAGAGUUUCAGCCAGAGUGCCAACCUGAUUGCCCACCAGAGGAUCCACACUGGGGAGCGGCCCUACGAGUGUGGGGAAUGUGGGAAGAGGUACAGGUAUGGCUCCCACCUCCUCUACCACCAGAAGGUGCACACAGGGAAACGGCCCUAUGAGUGUGAGGAAUGUGGGAAGAGCUUCAGUGGCAAUUCCCACCUACUUCGGCAUCAGAAGGUCUAUACUCGGGAACGGCGCUACAAUUGUGGGGAAUGUGGGAAGAGCUUCAGAGACAGCUCUGGACUCAUUACCCACCGGCGCGUACACACCGGGGAACGGCCUUACACGUGCUUGGAAUGUGGGAAGAGCUUCAGCGUUAAGUCCAAUCUGACCUCCCACCAGAAGAUCCACACUGGGGAAUGGCCCUACGAGUGUUCUGAGUGUGGGAAAAAGGCUCGGAGCAGUUCGGAUCUCCUCAAGCACCAGCGCACACACACAGGGGAGAGGCCCUUCCGCUGCCCUGACUGCGGGAAGGGCUUCAACCGCAACUUCAGCCUCCUCACCCACCAGCGCAUCUGUAAGAGACGGUCCGAAGAUCCCUCAUCUGCCUCACGAUUGUCAAACAAGGACAGAGGCUGAGACCCCAAGGACCCUAAAACCACAACACAGGAGUUCUGGCCUGACUGAGGUGCGAUCCAGGUUUCUCCCACAGGUGCAUUGACUGGACCAAGAUGUCCCCUGGGAACCUGUGCAGAAAGAAUAGGACUGUCAGGGUAUUUGAGCCGUGUUUGCUGAGCUGUGCUCUGGACUGGUCUGUCCUGUACCUUUGCUGUUCCACCAAGCGGAGUGAGAAAGAUUGCAUUGCUCAUGAGAUCUACCACCCUUCCUGGCAAGCUGCCCCUCACCUCAAAAAGAGACUGUAAUAAGUCCCCACAACUUUACCACCUCUGAGAUCCCCCCAGCAGACAGGACAGAUUUAUUGGCGCACGCCACAAGGACUGUGAAUGUGGUCUAUUGUCUCUGUGCCACAAGGACUCACAUCUGCUGUCAGUAGCUAUAACCCCCCUUCUUGUCUCUCUCUCUCUCUCUCUCUUUCCUUUAUCCUCUAUCGCAAUAAAAGAUGCAUUGAUUUUAGUUAAAAUAAA